GUCCGUCGUGUUUCACGUGAAGUUCUUUUAUUCUUGUUCUUUUUAUUUAUUUAUUUAUUUUUUAAUUUUUAUUAUUCUUGUAAUGUAUCGAUCCUUCAAAAUUGAUGUUAAUAAUAUUUAUUAUUUUAGUCACAUUCUAUUGACGUUUAUAAUUUCAUUGAAUUAAUUAUUUAUUCAUAUAAUAUAUUGUGUGUCUGAGUUUACUGCUAACUCAAUUCUCAUAUUGAAAAUCUUCGAGUGCAAUUAUUGUGUCUUUUAAUUUCAUAAGUGAAGUUCUAGUGAGGUUAUUGGGCUCGAUGAAAAUCGCGCAGUUAGCGUCAGAAAGUGAGAGGGACAAGGACAGUGAGUUAAUAAGAAGAAGAGAGAUAAAUAAAGGGUGGAGGGCGUUUGGUGUUUUAAAGGGGGAUUUGCGUCAAGGUCGCGUGUGAAGACACCUUAAUGAAGAUCUCCUAAAUAUUGGCAAUAUACCACGCAGCUAUAAGAGAGAAAAAAAAAAAAAAAAAAAAAACGAAAACUUCAAGGACUCUAUAGAGGAGAAAUUAUUAUUAGUAUGUUUGCUGACGAACGGUGAGAGACGCGCACUCGCGCUUUUCUUCGCUAUCAUCAAUCUGAUAACAGAAUUUCGCGAGUGCCAUCCCUUUUCGACAUGCGGAAAUUAUCCACACUUCGAGGAUUUGCCUUCUAUACAUUUUUUCUUCUCAUUCACACAUGCUUCACUGCCAAUACAUUUCGUAAUUAUCAAAAUGUUGAACAAUCAUUUCAAAAUGCAGAAAAUAACACCGGUAAUCAACUUCAAACAUUUGUGGAUAUGGUUCAAUCGUCAGGUUAUACGGCUGAGGAACAUGAUGUCACCACUGAUGAUGGUUAUAUUUUAUCAACACAUCGAAUAUCAGGUGGUCCAAAAUCACCCGCAACACCGGGAAAACCGGUAGUGCUACUUAUUCAUGGACUAUUUGCGGCUUCUGAUAUUUGGAUUCUAAGAGGUCCAGGAAAAGAUUUAGCUUAUUUAUUAUGUGAUGAAGGUUAUGACGUAUGGCUUUUAAAUACCAGGGGUAAUUUUUAUGGUAAACGCCAUAAACGGCUGUCUCCCAAAGAAUCGAAAUUUUGGCGCUUUAGUUGGCACGAAUCUGGAGUGUAUGACGCGGCAGCAACAAUUGACUAUGUAUUAAAAACAACAAAAUUGGAAAAAGUGUCACUCCUUGGCCAUUCUAUGGGGACCACCAUUGAAUUAGUUCUACUUUCAAUGAAGCCUGAUUAUAAUGAAAAAGUGAAUGUCGUUCUGUCAUUUGCACCUGUUGCAAUUUUCACCCAUGUACUCCCAGGACUGGUUAGUAAACUUGGUAUUCGCUAUGGAAAACAGUUGCAGGAAACAUUUCAACUACUAGGAAUGCAUGAAAUAUUUCCAAGAAGUUCCAGCGCUGUGGGAGUUUAUUCAUCAUUAUGUGAAGGACCAAGGAUAGAGUAUUUUUGUCGAAAAUUAUUUUUCAAUCUCAUUGGUCUCACCAAUGCGGAUAAUUUUGAUACAAAUAUGAUCCCCACGAUGUUAAAACAUUUUCCUCAAGGAACUUCAAUAGAAACUGUUCUUCAUUAUAGACAAAUUAUUAUAAGUGGAAAGUUUAGUCAAUAUGAUUUUGGUCCCGAGAGAAAUGUAAUUUUUUACAAAAAUAUAACACCUCCGGAAUAUUCUCUUGAAAAAAUAACUUCACCAGUCAUUUUAUAUUAUGGACCAAAUGACGCUUAUACUACUAGAGAGGACGUGAUGGUGUUACGUUCAAAAUUACCAAACGCGACAUCUCGCAAAGUGCCAUUCGAAAUGUUCAGUCAUCUCGAUUUUUUAUUUUCUAAUGAUUCGAAAAAACUUUUAUACAAUGAUGUUAUGAAUGUACUGAGCAAUCAUGUCGACGAUAACAGAAUCAAUGAAACUCAACCUUAUAGAAUAAAUUUUGAAUUAAAUAUGAAAAAUUACGUUUUUACUGUUAUAAAGAUAUUUUUAUGUUUUAUUGUAUUUACAGAAUGUAAACGUCCAAGCACAGAUGUUAAUCUCAGAACUUUAAUCACUAGAUAUGGUUAUCCACUUGAAGAGCAUCAAGUAAUAUCCGAGGACGGUUAUAUUUUAGAAAUUCAUCGAAUUCCAAGUGGAAGAAAUGAAGCACAAAAUUUUACAGGAAAGAAAAAACCCAUACUUUUGAUGCAUGGAUUAAUUGGUUCGUCAGCUUCAUGGUUAAUAACGGGUCCAAACAGAUCAUUUGCAUUGACGUUAGCCGAUAAAAAUUAUGACGUAUGGUUGGGAAACAAUCGUGGAAAUUCCUUCAGUAAAAAGCAUUUAACAAAAUUAGAAACGAGUUAUGAUUAUUGGGACUUUAGCUGGCACGAAUUUGGAAUGUAUGAUUUACCAGCGACGAUUGAUUAUGUUUUAAAUAAAACGCAAGAAGAAAAGCUUCUUUAUGCCGGUUUCUCUGAGGGGGGUACACAAUUGAUGGUGAUGGGCUCAUUGAGACCUGAGUAUAAUAAAAAAAUACAAUUUGCGUCACUUUUUGCACCAGCUGUAUUUAUGAAAUAUGUAAGAGGAAUCCUUCAAUUAUUUUCGCCAACUACUUAUUUGGCAAUGUAUGCAGCAGAAAAAUGGGGAUAUUUUUCCGUGGGAAAUGCUGAUCCAAAAUUAAGAAUUUUUACAAAAUCUUUUUGUUCUAAAGAAGCUAUUUGGCAGGAAUUAUGUUUAUUUUUAAUUUUUACGGCAGUUGGUUUUGGCUAUGACGAAGUAGAUCGUCAACACGUUGGUGAUUAUUUAGCAUUCGAGCCUGCUGGAGCUUCUUGGAAACAAAUAAUUCAUUAUGGAUUUAAUUAUUGGAAUAAGGGUCACUUUAGAUUGUAUGACUAUGGGAAAAAGAAGAAUUUAAAAUUUUAUAAUUCAACAACGCCUCCUGACUAUCCAUUAGAAAAUAUCAACAUUCCAAUAGCUAUUUAUCAUGGAAAAAAUGAUUAUUUAGCAUCUCCAAAAGAUGUAGAAUUACUUGCGUCGAAGCUUCCGAAUCUAAUAAAAAGACAACUUAUAGAAAAAAGAAAAUUGAAUCAUUACGAUUUUGUUUUUGGUUUACAUAUAAAAGAAUUAGCUUAUGAACAAGCUUGUCAAGAUUUACAAGAAUAUAUGAAAUCAAAUAAUUGAUUUUUCGAAUUAUAAAAAUAAAAUUUAAUUGGUUCCAAAUAAAAUGGAUUUUUCAUUAAA